AUGCCGGCCACUAAUUCUCGUCGCCAUCUCGAAGCCCAACACGAUGAUGAUGGCGACAGUGAGCUGGAUGAGCUUCCCUUGCCUCCAAGUGCAAUCCUCCGCUUGGAACCAGCUAGACUUGUGCAUGAUGUUGAUGAGGAGAUCUUCAUCCUCUACACUCUCAACGCUAAAUCGCAGCACGAUGGCGGACUAGGCUAUGUCAACUCUUCCGAUGAUAAUAUCUUUGUCUCCAUCGACGGAACCAAAUGGUCGUCUGCAACGUCGGAUCGUAAUCUGACCGGAAAACUCAUCGUGCCCAUCUAUCAGCAUGUCACCAGCCUUCGGUCGAACAAAGGCGAUACAGGCAGCGUCCUGUGGCGAUCCACUGUCGAGCUUGCAAUACGAUUCCAACAGGGCACGCUAUUUGAUCUUGCCCUGUUAAAACGUGCAUCGGUACUCGAGCUGGGUGCAGGAACAGGUGCACUACCUGCUAUAGUCGCGUCACUAGCAAAGAGCUGGCUUGCUACAGAUCAGCAACAACUGCUGCCAUUGAUGCGUAAAAAUCUAGACAGUUAUGCUAAUGUCAAGGUGGCAUCACUCGAUUGGUUCGACUUUCUCAAUCCUCCUUCCCCUCACUCCGCACAGCUUCACAAGAGCCGCGUACUCGACCAACUGUCUUUCAACCUUGUAGACCAAACUGCGGAAACAGUGCGAGGUCCGGAUGUCAUCGUCUGCUGCGACUGCAUCUACAACCCCGGCUUGUUCGAUGCCCUCAUCGCCGCGCUCAAUGUCUUUACUGACAGACAGAGAACCGUCGUCCUUGUCUCGUGUGAGAUGAGAAGCGACGAGAGCCUGGCUGACUUUUUGACCAGGUGGAAGGCAAGCGAUGAGCAUUGGCGCAUCGUCAGUCUCGAAGAGCGGUUCGAAAAAGGCUUCGUCGCUCUAGCAGCUUGGAAGAUCUGA